AUGUCUGAUGAUUCAAUAAAUAGUUUCAUUCUAUAUUUCAGCACAGUGGGAUCUAUAAUUACGGGAUUCUUGACAUACACUCAUGCACAAAAUUAUUUUCAUCUAAAAAAUCUCAAAGAGAUGUCAGUCAGCGAAUUAUCCACAUCAAAAAGCUUAUCAUCACCAAUAUGUGUAUCUGGAUCUGUGAGCACCCAUAAUAUGUUCGACGUAAUUUAAAAAUAGUCCCGGACAAGCAAAGAAGACUUAAUAGUUGUAUAUUCUAACUAUAUAGACGCCCGAUACCCUCAAUUUUACAGUCUCAAAAAGCCAAUUUCUUCUAUCAAUAAAAAAUCAAUCAAAGAAUUUUCCUUAAAAGAAGGAAAGCACGAAAUUUUCAUUCAGCCAACUGAUGAAACUAAUAUCAAUGUAUUGAGAGCUUAUAAUCAAUCAGGAGAGAUCUCUAUGUCCUUCUGGACAGCCAUAAAAUCACUGAUUUCUUCACUAUUUCUUUUCACUCAGCAAUUUUACUCAUGAAGAGUAGAGGCUUACCAAAGAGUUGUAGAAGACGUAAUACCAAAAGAUUCUGAUAUAUGCGUUAUUGGAGAAGUCAAAAAAAUCAGCAAUAAGCUGAUAAUAAUUCCAGACUAUAUAGCUUAUUCAAAAUCAAUUAUCCUUAAUAGUAAAAAACCUUGAAUGUAUAUGCUUUGUGCUUUACAGCUGGUUUUUGGGGUAUUGCUUAUAGGAAGUUUAAGUGAAGCACAAAGGAGGAGAAGAAUGAGAAGAGGCAGAGAAGAAAUAAAUAGAGAAAAUGCUGUAAGAAUGGCACCUGGCUUUCAGUGCUGCAUUUGUGCAAUUAAUCCAAGAAAUGUAAUCACAGAGCCAUGCAAGCAUCUGAGCACCUGUUUAAAUUGUUGUGCAAAUUUAGACGCAUGCCCAAUAUGCCAGGCUCCAAUUAAUGAGAGGACUCGAAUUUAUCUCACCUAA